ACCGAUGGCUAAGCAGUAGCUCAAUAUAAGCACCAGUAAUCGGAAUGUCAGCAUUAACCAGCCUUUUAUUAGUACUUCUCCCCAUUUCGGGAUAUACCCAAUUUAUCGACGGGGAGUGUGGAAUUCUACCACAACAUCAGAUAGGAAAUAAUAGCCCCUGGAUUGCUUUUCUGCACACCACAGAUUUGGUAUUUGUGUGCGGCGGAACUCUGAUUACUAACAAACUAAUACUAACUGCAGCUCAUUGCGUAUCAUCCAACGCCCAGCUAAUUGCUCGCCUGGGGGAGUUUUCGGGAGUCCGUAAAGAAAACUAUCCUACAACAGCGGAAUAUCAAGUAAACAAAUUGUUCAGGCACUCUUUUUACGACAUGGAUACAUUUGCCAACGAUAUUGCCAUCCUCGAACUGGCCACAUAUGUGGUGUACACAUAUAACAUAAGACCCAUCUGCAUUUUAUGGGAUCCUCUGUGGAAACAGUAUAUUGACGGCAUCCCGGUGCUUAGUGGUCCUGUUUGGGGGAAGCCCGAGAACGAGGAUGAAAGUAAUGGACUCAGGGUACUUGACAUCCGGCGCCAACCACCAGAAAUGUGUGUCAGCGGGCUCAGUACGAUAUUCACCAACCAGUUCUGCGCCGGAAAUUCGGAAAGUAAUCUGUGCAAUGUCGAGUGCAGUAGUCCGCUAGGAGCAGUGAUUCCUUAUAAGAACACCUAUCGAUAUGUACAGAUCGGCAUAGCGACCACCAACCAAAAAUGUAAUACGCCGAGUGUUUACACUGAUGUACUAUUCCACAUCGACUUUAUCAUCCGUGUGUGGCGACAUUAUGACAACGUUCAAGGUGUACCGAACCCAAGCCCAAAGACAACAAGUCAAUAACAAUGUUUAUGUUAUAAAUGCUAUGCAAAUAAUCUUAGUCUAAAUUCUUAUUAACUUAAAAAAGCCCAUGUGGCAAUUAUGUAUAUAAUUGUAUUAGAUUAAAAACCACACAUUUUGCGUUGCUAUAUUAUUGCCAAUCAUAUUGCCAAUCAUAAUAGAAUGCGUAAGGGGUAAACUAAUUUAACCGGCUAAUUUGAUUGUCGCUAAAAUUUACGAUUAAAUUGCAGCCAUUUUCUUUGACAGCUUUAUGUAAAUCGCUGUAAUAAAAACCGCGCCAGCUGUCCCUGCACGAUUGUCUGCUAGAAGCCAUAAUUAAGCCAAAGUAACUUUAUGAGAAAGGGUUACCGCAGAUAUUUACAUAAAUAUAUUUUUUUAUUAACUUGUAUGCUGAGGCACACUUAUAUGAUAAAUUUUAUUAAGUCAUUAUGUUAAUACCAAAAAAGGUGAGUU